AUGGCGGCCCUCAUCUCGGUGUGCGACUUUGUGCAGCAGGCGCCGGAGGACCUCCGCUCACCGGCCGGGAGCCACAUGGGCCGCUGCAAGGCCACUGCCAACAGCCUGGAGGAGGCCUUGGAUGCUGACCGAGCUGUGCUGCAGAAGAUGAGGAAAGCAGCCAAGGCAGAGCACAGCUGUGGACAAGACCUCAUCAGCCACCUCGAAGCCCACAUUGCUGCUCAGGAGAAGUUCUCAGCCAACUACCAGCUGGAGGGCGAGGAGCAGCUGGCCAGUGCCUUUAGCACCUUUGCUGCCUUCUCCCGGGAGCUGCUGACCGCUGUCAGGAGCCUGUGGCAGAGUUUGUACCACAACAUUAACUUUUCCCUGGAGUCAUUAAUAAAGGGUGACAUGAAAGAGCUCAAAGGGGACUUCAAGAAGCCCUUUGAGAAGGCCUGCAAAGACUAUGAGAACAAACUUGCCAAGAUUGAGAAGGAGAAGCGCGAACUGGCGAAGCAGCACGGCAUGGUGCGGAGCGAGGUGAGCGGGGGGGAGAUCGCUGAGGAGAUGGAGAAGGAGCGCAGGACCUUCCAGUUGAACAUGUGCGAGUAUCUGAUCAAAGUGAAUGAGAUCAAAACCAAGAAAGGGAUUGACCUACUGCAAAACCACAUCAAGCACUGCAGCUCACAGUUCAAUUUUUUCCAGGAAUGUUUAAACACAACAGCAAAACUUAAGAAUUUUACAGAGAAGCUCAUCCCGGAGCUGCAGAGUAUGAAGAUUAGGCAGGACGAGGAGAAGCAGCAGCUCUGCUCCCUUCGGGAUCAGCUGAAAACAGCGUUGCGGCUGGAGCAGAAAGAGGACCCUGGGAACAAGCAGGCAGGGUACAACAUGCACCAGCUGCAAGGGAACAAGCAGUACGGCACAGAGAAGUCAGGGACCCUCUUCAAGAAAAGUGAUGGGUUGAGAAAAGUCUGGCAGAAGAGGAAAUGCACUAUCAGCAAUGGCUACCUGACCAUUUCUCACAGCAUGCUCAACCGCCCACCAGCCAAGCUGAAUUUGCUGACCUGCCAGGUGAAGCCCAGCACGGAUGACAAGAAAUGCUUCGAUCUAGUUUCCCACAACCGCACGUACCACUUCCUGGCAGAGGAUGAGCAGGACUGUGUUGCCUGGGUGUCCGUCCUCAGCAACAGCAAGGAGGAGGCGCUGAACGUGGCCUUCAGCAAGGCGCAGGGUGGAGGGGAGAGCAGCCGGGAGGAGCUGACCCGGGCCAUCAUCAAGGAGGUCAGAGGCAUGCCUGGGAACAGGGAGUGCUGCGACUGCUCAGCCCCAGAUCCCACUUGGCUGUCCGUUAACUUGGGCAUCCUGAUCUGCAUUGAGUGCUCUGGGAUUCACAGAGAGAUGGGCGUGCAUCUAUCCCGCAUCCAGUCACUGUCUCUGGACAAGCUGGCAACCUCCGAAUUGCUGCUGGCAAGGAAUAUCAGCAACUCUGGCUUCAACGACAUCAUGGAAGCGAAUCUCCCCAGCUUUUCCCUGAAGCCCACAGUGCACAGUGACAUGGUCUUUCGGAAAAAUUUCAUCAUUUCCAAGUAUGUCGAGAAGAAAUAUGUUAAGAGGAGCUCUGCUGCACAGUGCUCUGGCCUCCCAGAAGCUGUCAAGGACAAGGACAUAUUUUCUUUGCUUCAAGCGUAUGGAGAGAACGUGGAUUUGAGCAAGCCUGUGCUGUCACAUCUGCAGGAUCCUGGGGAGACCAUUCUCCACCUGGCAGUGCUGUUGUCUGAUCGAACCUCCUUGCAUAUCGUUGAUUUUCUUGUCCAGAACAGUGGGAGCCUGGAAAAGCAGACGGUGGAGGGGAACACAGCACUUCACUACUGCUGCUCUCACAACAAACCCGAGUGCGUCAAACUGCUGCUGAAGGCCAAAGCCAACAUCUCCAUCACUAACGAAGCAGGAGAGACAGCCCUGGAUGUUGCCAGGAGGAUGAAACAUCCCCUGUGUGAAGAGUUGCUGGGUCCUGUGAAGAGGGGGUCUGCCCAUCCCCAGAGCUGCUAUCACCCCCCUGCUGCUGCCCCCGGGCCUGAGGCAGCAGGGGCAGUGCCCUGGGAGGGGUGGCCGGACAGCUGCCCCCCACCAGCCGCCCACCUCCACAGCCCAGAUGUGCCGCCGGCCCCCUCCUACGCACCUCCAUUCCCGCCCCAGUGGGCAAAGCCAGCUCCCCAGGGGGCAUAUCCACACUUCCUUACCAGCUCGUCUAUCUUUGCUGAGGACACAAGAAGCAGGAGGAUCCCACCCCUGCCUCUGUGCAUCAAGCACAAGCGGACAUCCUCGGAGCCGGUGCCUUGGGUACCGCUCAGCCCCGAGCAGCCCAGCCCGAACAGCCUGGCUUCAGGUAUCCUGAAAGCCACAGACCUCCUCUGCAUGCCUGGACCCAGCAAAGUGGGACAGCCUGACCCACACCGAUCCCUCCAGGAGCCAGAGCCAUGUUCUGGCCAUGCCUGGGAUGUCCCACCUCUUCUUCCUCGGAGGAGCAGUUUGAACAGACUGCUGCUCCGCAGGGUCCGUGCUCUCUAUGACUGCAAUGCUGACCGGGAGGAUGAGCUGACUUUCCGCACAGGCGAGAUCAUUGUAGUGUCUGAAAAGGAGGACAGCAACUGGUGGAAAGGGUGGAUUGAAGGACAGCCUCACAGGCAAGGUGUCUUCCCUGCUUCAUUCGUUCAUGUGCUCAAUGAGUAG